AUGGCGAACCGCAUGUCCAUGUUCUCCGUGGGCUCUGAAGGCCCAGGAAAUCAACGAGCGGGCGGUCCUCAGACUGCGCAGGUUUCAACAACAACUUUACUGAAUGCGAUACAUAACAUUUAUCUCGCUUCCCAGCCUCAUCAGCUGGAAUCCAGUACUAGCUUGGUUGUCAAUACAUGGCUCACUGCUGCUCAAGGCAAUCCCACGGUUGACUCAACCCUUGCCUCCAAGGCAUGGGAGCACGCACGCCGACGAGCCGAAGACGGAUGUGUGAUUCUCGGCUCUCUUCACCAAUCAACUCCGUCGGUCUUGACUCCAUUCCUCACGAGCUUUCCGUUUGCCAUUCCGUCCACAUUGUAUAAAGCUCUUGAUGCCGUUCAACCAUUUCUGCGAUGCGUCACUCCGUAUAAUCCUUCCACACCUCGCCAAGCAGCCUUGAGUGUAGCCUUGACCCUGAACUUGACCGGCAAUCUUACUGCCGCGUCCCUUGCUUUAUCUCAAGGGGGUAUUGACACGGUAAACGGACUACUGAAUAUCCCAUCCGAGGCAGGCUAUCGCGCAUUUGAUGUCUUUUACUACCUCUUGACAUCUGCUUCGACGCCGGCUGAAAGAGAGUUCUUGGGGCUGAAGACCCCUUCUUCCUACGCCUUGUUGUCCAGAUCUGGCACAUAUGGCCCGCCUUCAUAUCUCCCCACCGCGGAUGAUGGUGCUUCUGCUGACGAUUUCCGCCAAGCACUGAAGGAUAUCGGUAUCAAAGGCUCUGCGCAUAGAAACUUCAUCUCCACUUUGGCUGGUCUGCUGAAGCUUGGAAACACUCUAGACUAUGGGGUAGAGUCAGAAGCCCUGGAAGAGAUCUGCGAAGAUGUCAGUGGCCUCUUGGGUAUUGAGCCUGACACACUGCUUAGGCAGUGCAGCACUGAAGACCGAUGGACUUUUAUUGGUGGCUUGUACGAGUCUCUUGUGGAUUGGGUCAUUUCAAAAGCAAACGAGGCUAUCGCUGCGCAGAUGAUUCGAAUCAGGAAUGGCGAUGAGUCUCCUGAUGGUCGCGGUGUAAGAACUCCAACAUCUGACCAAGCUUCUGAAGACACAGUUUCUAUCACCGUGAUGGAGGUGCCACAAAUCACUCUUGGCAAGGCCCUCUCUAUGCGUUCCAUUUUUGACGAUUCUCAAGGCAUCAAUGCGGAAAUGAUUGAAGAUGGUGUCAAUGUGUCGCCUGCGGGCUCCUCGGUUCUUCGAGAGAUGCAGCAGGCCGUCUCGGAUGUAGGCCCAGACUUAGGAAUCAUGACAGGCCCAGAGGGUCGAGAGCGACAACACGAGCUCGAAAAGCGGGAGGUUGUGCUAGAAAAGAUUGCCUACGCCGCAGAGGAAGGUGGCUUCCUUCGCAAGUUACUAUUUCCUAUUGACGGUGAAGGCAUCAACCUCGGUCGCGCAGGCCGAUUUGACCUACCUGCCGUACUCGGAUCCAACCGGCUCUGGUAUCAUCUUUCUCUCCACCCAACUGAUGAUUCCCCAACGCAACUUGCUGCUCUACCAUCCGUUACCUCAGCAUGGUCGGCAGGCACCGUCUCGCGCCAGCUCCGCUCGUGGAGACUUCCUGAGUGGGCAAACCGACGCAAUAGAAACCUCGACUUCACUGCUGACUUCGAUCUUGAUGAAUUCGCCAGCCGUUAUGCUGUCCUUGGCUGUAGGGACGGUAAAGAUGGCAUCGAAAGUUGGGUCCUCGAGCGAGGUUGGAGUAAUGGCGAGGUUUUUGUUGGUAAAGACCGUGUCUGGAUGCGGGAAGGUGCCUGGUGGGAAGCCGAGAGCAUGCUUGACCUAAAACCUGAACACAAUGACAUGAACACACCAGCUAUGAAUAUCAAUCCCUUUGGAUCUGGAUUUGACACAGGCUACUCUGCCAAUGGAAGCGGCUACUUCCCACCUCAGGGUAUCGAGCCCAGCUUCAACGGAAGCAAUGACCAGCUUAUGCACUCUCGCAACUUCAGUCAAAGCCAAGUGACGGUUGGACAGCAGAACCCGCAUGCCCCUCCAUCUAUUGCCCCUACAGCGAUGCGCAACGUCAGUAAUGGCGACUACGGGCUAGGUAACAAGGGGGACACCUACAAAGAUGACAUCUACUAUAACCCUGAAGGGGAUUUCACAGGAACUAUGGACCCCGAACUCGCCAAAAAUAAGAAGCUCCAAACCAAAGAGGUCUCCUUUGGGCGCCGCGUUUGGGUCGGUUUUGUCUGGGCCUUGACGUUCUGGCUUCCUUCGCCAUUAUUACGGUACAUCGGUCGAAUGCGACGUCCCGAUGUCCGCAUGGCAUGGAGAGAAAAACUUGUUCUAGUAUUUCUCAUUUUCCUGAUCAACGCCAUUAUUGUAUUCUGGAUUAUUUGGUUUGGGCGCCUUCUGUGCCCCAACUUUGACAAAGCCUGGAGCCAAAACGAGGUCAAAACACAUCAAGGCGAAGAUGAUUUUUGGGUUAGUCAUUACGGUAAAGUGUACGACAUUACCAAAUUCUGGAGACAGCAGCACAGUGACACCGAUGUCAAGACUACGACCGACAAUAUGCAACCUCUCGCGGGAUUCAACUUGGACAACUACAUCUUCCCGCCCUUGAAUGAGGUGUGCCAAGGUCUGGGUAUCGCAGAGACAACAAGGCUAGUUUUCAACGAAACUGCGGAAUUCAGCAUUGCGGUACAUACCUCUGGUUUCUACGGUAAUCCAACCAGCAAGCUGCAUGACCCCCUAUGGUACUUUAACGUAUUUGAGCCAAAAAUCAAGGAGUACUACAAGGGUGAUCUCGUCUGGAGUGAACAAGACGUGCAAUCUCAGGGAAAUAAUAUGCAACGACCUUGGGCCAUAUACGGUAACCAGAUUUUCGAUCUCACAGAUUAUUUCAAAACAAAGGAUGUAUACAAGGACGCCGCCAUGUACAACUUUUUGGAUGAAAGCGUUAGCGACAUUUUUAAGAACAACCCAGGCCAAAAUGUCAAAUCACUCCUGGACCAAGUCAUUCAGAACUCAAUUGGGAAUGAGACCCAGCACGCCAAGGUCAUGAACAGUUGGCUAUGCGUCCAGCGCAACUUUUACAAGGGCAUCACGGACUUCCGUGACUCGCCAAGAUGCACGGUGAAUAAUUGGAUUUUACUUGCCUUCACUAUUAUCAUCUGCGCUGUUAUCUUGAUUAAAUUCGUUGCAGCUCUUCGCUUCUCAUCCAAGCGACGCCCUUCGCCCCAGGACAAGUUUGUUAUUUGUCAGGUCCCUGCCUACACGGAAGGCGAAGAAUCGUUGCGCAAAGCGUUAGAUUCUCUCACAGCCCUGCAGUAUGACAAUAAAAGAAAGCUGAUAUGCGUUAUUUGCGAUGGAGUCAUCGUGGGCCAAGGCAACGACCGCCCAACACCGAAAAUUGUUCUAGAUAUUUUGGGUGUAGACCCCAAAGUCGACCCCCCCGCACUACCCUUUAAGUCAGUUGGCCCCGGUAGCGAGCAGCUCAACUACGGUAAGGUGUAUUCAGGUUUGUACGAAUACGAAGGCAAUGUGGUCCCAUACCUUGUUGUAGUCAAGGUUGGCAAAGAAUCUGAGCAGGGUAAGACGAAACCUGGCAACCGCGGCAAGCGAGACUCCCAGAUUCUCCUCAUGAGCUUCCUCAACAGAGUUCAUCAUCGGGCUCCCAUGAAUCCUCUAGAACUCGAAAUGUUUCAUCAGAUCAAUAACAUCAUUGGUGUGGACCCCGAGUUAUACGAGUACAUGCUCAUGGUGGAUGCCGACACGUCUGUGAGCGAAGAUUCUCUCAAUCGGCUUGUGUCUGCUUGUGCCAACAACGCCAAGAUUGCCGGCAUUUGUGGCGAGACUAGCCUGGAAAAUGAUGAGAAGUCUUGGACAACCAUGAUUCAAGUCUAUGAGUACUUUAUUUCUCAUCACCUUGCUAAGGCGUUCGAAUCCCUUUUUGGCAGUGUUACUUGCUUGCCGGGAUGUUUCACAAUGUAUCGUCUUCGAACCGUCGACAAAGGCAAACCUCUGCUCAUCUCAGAUGCUGUAAUCAAAGAGUAUGCCGUCUGUGAUGUUGAUACUCUACAUCAAAAGAAUCUGCUGUCUCUGGGUGAAGAUCGUUACCUCACCACACUGAUGACAAAACAUUUUCCAUACAUGUCUUACAAGUUUAUCGGGGACGCCCAAUGCAAAACUGCUGCACCUGAAUCAUGGAGCGUUCUUCUCUCUCAGCGUCGUCGCUGGAUCAACUCUACAAUUCACAACCUGGUAGAGCUGAUGCGCUUGAAGGAAAUGUGCGGCUUCUGUUGCUUCAGUAUGCGCUUCGUCGUUUUUAUUGAUCUGUUUGGCACCAUCAUUUUGCCAGCUACAUGCGUGUACCUUGGCUAUCUAAUUUACCGUGUGGCCUCGCAUACUGGACAGUUCCCGAUCAUUUCCAUUGCCAUGUUGGCAGCAGUGUAUGGUCUGCAAGCACUAGUCUUCAUCCUCAAGAGGCAGUGGCAGCACAUUGGCUGGAUGAUUAUCUACAUUAUUGCGUUCCCUAUAUACUCUUUCAUCCUUCCGAUUUAUUCAUUCUGGAAUCAGGACAACUUCUCUUGGGGCAAUACUCGUGUCGUUAUUGGAGAAAAGGGAAAUAAGCAGGUGGUUGCUGUUGACGACGAAGGAUUCGAUCCUCGAUCCGUUCCUUUGCAGAGAUGGGACGACUACGCCCUCGCCAAUAAUCUUCCCGGUCGUCGUGGUGGAUAUCAAGAGAAGCAUGAUUACGGUUAUCCUGAUCAGUACGAGAUGGAUGAAAUAAAGUCGGUCUACUCUGCCGCUCCUCAAGGCUCGGUGUUGACUGGAAUGGGCGGGCGCAACACAUAUAUGCCACCUCAGUCUCCCGCUCCCUUCAGCAACAUGAACCGUGCUCCCACGAUGCAGGGCCAGUAUCACGAUGCCCCUGCCUCCAUCCGCAGGCAAUCGAUGAUGUCUCUCGGGACCCAAAUGCAGGACAUGCAUCGUAGUCAGUCGCCGUACCAAGACUUCCCUGCAAACCGUGGUAGCGUCAUGAAUUUGCGUGGCCAGGGAAGCAUGACUCCUUCUCUGGGCAUGGCAGGAAACAGAGCGUCAUCCGCUAUGGGCUACACGGGUGGUCAUCGUCCACCCAUGGGACCGGAUGCAAUGCAAUCCACGACCUCAUUUGACUUCCAACGCGGCCACGUCGGUGCGGACGACACAGCCAUUGUGGACGCUAUCCAGUCUGUGCUUCACGAAAUUGAUCUUGACACAGUGACCAAGAAGCAGGUCCGCGCCCUUGUUGAGCAGCGUCUGCAAACAGAGCUGACAGGCGAGAGACGCACAUUUAUGGACCGACAGAUUGAUCGCGAGCUUGAAAACAUGUAA